AUGUCGACUGUUGAUAUGAAUUUAGAAAACAGUGUACCGUGUCAGAAAAUGAAUUUCAUACAAGACCUUAUGCCUCUCAGUAGGCACAUUGGAUCUCCAAUGGCUAAAAAGGUCCUUGCAGUUUUGGAUUCUACCAUUCAAAAAGUUUUGACUGUUUUAUGUUUACAAAAUAUUACAGAAAAUGUGAAGGAGGAGAAAAGUAUAUUAGAUCGUGUGACUACUUUCUUGAAACAAAUGGGGAAAUAUUACUUGACCAAAGCUAGUAAUACUAGUGAGGGCAUAAUUAAUCAAAAUUCAUCGGACAAUUGCGAAUUACUGAUAGAUGAAGAGUCACAAAUCACAGCGAAUAUGGAAGACACUACUAUGACGGGGGAAAUAGUAGUAGUAGAAGACGAAAGUGAAGAUGAAGAAAUGAGAGAUCACACUCGCAAUUUACUACAUUUCUUACUAUCAAAACCACUGAUAAAUCAAUUUUUAGCAAGUAUUAUGUUAAAAAAAGCUGAAUGUCAAUAUCAGUAUGAAUAUCCAAUGGAAUGGAAAUUACCUGAGAUAAUAAGUAAUUUUAAAGGCAGUGUUCAAUGGAUUAAUAUACCACAAUUUGAUGAGGAUAAUAAAACAAAAUUAUUAGAAUUUUUAAUACAUUUAAGGAUAUUAUUAUUAACAAAAUUGUUAACAACACCAGAAGAUAAAAAACGUAGAAAAAAUUACAUCAAAGAACUUGAAAAUAGAGAUCAAGAAUGUCAAACGAAAUUAAGUGGACUUAUUAAAGAAUUAGAUAAACAAAUAUGUAAAAAUAAUACAGAGACUCGUAAAAUUGGUUAUACAGUUUCUAAACUUAAAAAUGAAAUUGAAAAUCUUGAAAAGUAUUUAACUGAACGUACAAAACAAGUUAACACUGAAGAGAUGAAAAAAAUAACAGAAAUUAAGAAUCAAAGUAAUGAAAAAGAAGACGAUUUGAAAAAACAGUGUAAAACUCAUAAUCAACUACUUGAAAAGUUGAUUGAAACAAAUCGUUGUGAAGAGGAAGUACUGCGUAAAACAAUUUAUAAAAUGGAAAGUGAUAUAGAAUCAAAAAUUUCCAAAUAUGAUCAAGAAAUGACAGUGUUACAGGACGAAUAUGACAAACUUGAAGCAGAGUAUACUGAGGAGAAAGCUGCUUAUAAUGAACUGAACGAACGCUUUCAGAUUAUAAAUGAAGAAUAUCAGAAGAUAAUGGAAGAACGUAGAAUACAAGAGGAGAAACGUCAAAGAGACGAAGAAGAAAGACGUCAAAUGGAACAAGCAGUAACAACAAUACAAGCCUACUGGAGAUCGUACAAAACGAGAAAAAUGGCACGUGGAAAAAGAGGUGAAAAAGAAGACGAUUUGAAAAAACAGUGUAAAACUCAUAAUCAACUACUUGAAAAGUUGAUUGAAACAAAUCGUUGUGAAGAGGAAGUACUGCGUAAAACAAUUUAUAAAAUGGAAAGUGAUAUAGAAUCAAAAAUUUCCAAAUAUGAUCAAGAAAUGACAGUGUUACAGGACGAAUAUGACAAACUUGAAGCAGAGUAUACUGAGGAGAAAGCUGCUUAUAAUGAACUGAACGAACGCUUUCAGAUUAUAAAUGAAGAAUAUCAGAAGAUAAUGGAAGAACGUAGAAUACAAGAGGAGAAACGUCAAAGAGACGAAGAAGAAAGACGUCAAAUGGAACAAGCAGUAACAACAAUACAAGCCUACUGGAGAUCGUACAAAACGAGAAAAAUGGCACGUGGAAAAAGAGGUGGUAGUCGGAGGGGGAAGAAAAAGUAAUAAUAAUAAUAACUAAUCAGAAGUCAGCAUAAAAAAAACAAGCUUAAUGAAUUCAACAUAUAAGUAGAAAAAUUAGCAAAAACCACAGUCAACUCCACUAUUCACACUUCGGAAUAAUAACAAUAAUAAUAAUAAUGUGGAUUAAAACAAAGUUUUUAAAAAAUAAAAUUGAAAUAAGACUGUAAUCUGAUUAGGAUGAAUUUGAUAUGCAAACGCUGUAGAUUUCUAGACGAA